AUGGAACACGUCCCGCCCGCAAUAUACACCCUCCUCUCCUGCUGGACGCGGUUCCAUAAAAUAGGCAAGGCGCCGUAUGUCAUCUGGGACGAAGCCCACUUCGGGAAGUUCGGCUCACACUACCUCAAGCGCGAGUUCUACUUCGAUGUCCAUCCACCGCUGGGGAAGAUGCUCGUCGGGCUCGCUGGCUUGCUGUCGGGUUAUGACGGGAGCUUCGAGUUCAAGAGCGGGGAGCAGUAUCCGGAGACCGUGCCGUACGUGGCGAUGCGUGUACUCAUGGCGAUGUUUGGUGUGGUCAUGGUGCCUCUGGGCUGGUAUACCGCCGUGGAACUGGGUAUGAGCCAGUGGGCGUGUCAUUUAGUGGCCAUUAUGGUUCUCUGCGGCAAGUCUCCCUCUCAAUCGCCGGUAUAUGUUGCCUGGUUAUGUAUCUCAAGAUUCAUCCUUCUGGAUUCCAUGCUCUUGGCGUUCACGUUCUCUACUGUAUUCGGGCUCAGCAAAUUCCACAAUCAGCAAUAUCAGUCAUUUUCCUUCGACUGGUGGUUAUGGCUGGCCUUCACCGGCGUUUCAAUCGGUUGUGUAGCGAGUGUAAAAUGGAUUGGUCUCUUCGUGAUGGCCCUAGUCGGCCUGUACACGAUCGAAGACCUAUGGGAGAAAUUUGGAGACGUCAAGAUGUCCGUGCAAGAUCAACUAAGACACUGGGGUGCGCGCGUACUGUGCCUUAUCGUCUUGCCUGCACUGGUGUACAUGGCUUCAUUCAAGAUCCAUUUCUUGGUCCUCAAUCAUUCGGGGCCAGGAGAUUCGCAAAUGAGCUCGCUGUUCCAGGCUAAUUUGGUCGGUAAUGACUUUGCAAAGAAUCCGCUUGAUAUCGCAUACGGGUCAAAGCUUACGCUGAAGAACAUGGGCUGGGGCGGUGGCCUCCUGCACUCGCACGUCCAGACGUACCCCGUCGGGUCCAACCAGCAACAGGUCACCUGCUACCACUACAAGGACGAGAACAACGACUGGAUCAUCAUGCCGCGCUGGGACGAGCCCGACUAUGAUCCCAAUGGCGAGCUGCGGUUCCUGAAGGACGGCGACGUCAUCCGGCUGCAGCACGCGUCGACUACGCGCAACCUCCACUCGCACUCGAUUCCGGCGCCGGUCACCAAGCUGAACAACGAGGUGUCUUGCUACGGGAACGCGACCAUCGGGGAUUACCAUGAUUAUUGGGAGGUCGAGGUUGUGGACGAUAUCAAACGCGGGAGAAAGGAGAAGUUCGUAACGAUCCACUCGUUGACGACGCGCUUGCGCUUCCGGCACCAGGAUUCGGGGUGUUAUCUGAGGGCUGCGAACGCGAUCUUGCCCCAGUGGGGGUUCAAGCAGGUCGAGGUCAGCUGUGACAAGGAGAAUAACCCCAAAGAUAUUCAUACAUAUUGGAAUGUCGAAAGUCACUGGAAUGAUCGAUUACCGCCCGGUGAUGCCAAGUUCUACAGAUCGCCUUUCUUCCGUGACUUCAUCCACCUCAACGUCGCCAUGUGGACAUCCAACAACGCUCUCAUCCCGGACCCGGAUAAGGAGGAUAUCCUUGCCUCCAAGCCGACUGACUGGCCCUGGCUGCGAUUGGGCUUGCGGAUGUGCGGCUGGGGCGAUCAGCAGACAAAGUACUACCUCUUGGGCACGCCGGUCAUCUGGUGGGGAGGUACUACCAGUCUCAUCGUCUUCCUCGUUACGCUCGGAGUGUAUCUUCUCCGUCAGCAGCGCAAAUAUGUCGACAUGGAGCCUCGCGAAUGGGACCACUUCUUGUAUGUCGGCAAGAUCGCGUUCAUAGGCUGGUUCCUGCAUUACUUCCCUUUCAUGAUCAUGGGUCGCGUAACCUAUGUCCACCACUACCUCCCAACGUUAUACUUCUCCGUGUUAUUAUUUGCCCAUCUACUCGACCACUUCAUAUUCUCCUCCCGCCGAUUCACGGACAGAACAAAAUGGAUAGCCUUCGGAGUAGUUGCCUUCCUCAUCGUGGGCAACUUUUGGUGGUUCAGGGGACUCGCCUUCGGGAUCGACGGCCCCAUACAUGAGCACUGGGGACUACAGUGGCGUAAAACUUGGAAUAUAUAUAAUCAACUGUAG